CAGCUCUUCGAUCUCAAAUAAGAAUUUAUUUAUCUUUUUUUUGUUCUUUUUUUCUAUAAGACAUAAAGAAGAAAAUGUUGGGGUCGAGUAGUGGAUGCGAGUCAGGAUGGACUCUGUACUUAGACCAGUCUUUUUCUUCACCAAGCCCUUCUCGUUUUAGAGACAGCCAUGGGUUUGAAAAUAGAAGAAGAAGAAGCAAAGAUUCAUGGGACCAAAACUAUUUGCAACAAGGAGGAGACGAAGACGAAGAAGAAGAGGAAGAAGAUUUGUCGAUGAUUUCAGAUGCUUCUUCUGGUCCAAGGAAUAUUUCUGAGGAAGAUUCAGUGAAUAAGAUUAAUAUUGUUGGUCUCAAGAAACAGAGCAAGAGAGACAAGAAAAGAAGAGAUUACGAGAAAACGAACUCUGUUCUUGAUGAUACUGCUAGCUCUCCCCUUUACAAUUUCCCUCAUAUGUUGCAGAAAGGUGUUGGUGGUAAUAAGAUAGAGCAAACCUUUCCAGAAAGUACAUUGGAUUACUCGCAAGGCUUCUCGGCUACUCAGUUUCAGGACAAAACAGCAUUCCAAGAGCAGUAUGCUUAUUUGCAUAUGGAAACCAGAUUCUAAAUAACCAGUGAGGGUCAAACUGAAGAGCAGCUAUAUUUUGGACAUUGUUGAAGGAUUUUAUGGAUUCGAGUAAUGAUUAUUAAAUUGAAUCUUGAAGUUCCAUAUUAUGAAAGAUAUAUAGGAAGGAGUUUUAAAUCAAAAAAAUACUUGCUUGCUACAGAAGAAACCCAACAAUGAAGGGACAGCAAAAAAAGUUUAAGGGUUUCUCAAAUUUAAAAUUAAGUCUGAAUCUUUCCUCUCUUUUGCUUUGUAAUUUUGUCACAAACGAGUUUUCCUGUAGCCGCCCUAAUAUAUAUGCUAUAAUAC